AUGUUGUAAAAGUUUGGAAAAGAAGCUUAUGAUUUAAAAUUUGAGAAAUACUUUGAUUUGAUUGAUGAUACUUUUUCUUUAAAUCCACAGACUAUUGCAAUUUCAUAAAAUGGUAAAUAUGUAUUUUAUCGGCAUGGAACUUAUACAGUUAAUAGUUAACAUACUAUUAUAAAUUCUGAAAGCAAAGUUAUUUUAAGAAUAUCGGGUAUUAUUUAAGCCUGCUUCUCUUCAGACUCAAAAUUUUUACUCUUUUCUUAAAGAUCAAAUGAAAAUUAAACUCAUCUUUGUCUUCUAAAUUGUGAAAAAGAAGAAUUGGUUUGGAAGUAAGAACUUAAUUGUAGUGAAUUUGUAAAAGAUUCAAUAUUUUAAAUACAAUUUAGUUAAAAUAAUUAAUUUGCAAUCAUAAGCACUUGUUUUUAAAGGUACUUUUAAAUUUCUCUUGAUGGCACAUAUUAAGAAAUAGUUUUAAAAUAAUAUUUACCAAUGAAAUACUUUGAUUAAUUAAAAUUUUUAGAUAAAGACUUAUUUGUAAUUGGAAAAAUUGAUUAAACUUAGAGAGAAAAAAAAUAUUCAUUUUAUUUAAUCUACAAAUAAAAUCGUUUGAUUUAUAAUUGGAAAACAGUUGCAUCAAAAAAUUAAAGAUUUGAAAUUCAAAAUAAAUUUUUGAUUACUUUAAGAGAUGUUUCUAAAUUUUCAUUAAGACUAAUAACUACAGGAAAACUUUUAAGAAACGUAUCCAUUCUUUAAGAAGAAUCAAAUCAUUUUAUUUAUUUUAACAAUGUAUUUUAUCAAUUAGGUAUAUCAAAUUUAAUAAAAUAUGAUUUAAUUUAAGGUAAAAAAAUUCGAACUAAUUGUUAAAUACCAAAAAAACACCAAAAUGAAUUAGAUCAUUUAAGAAAAGAUUAAAAUAUUAUCAGAGUAGAUACUUUAGAUGAAGGCUUUAUUAGAAGAUUAGAAUUUUUCAAAUUAAAAUAACAAUAAUGA